CAUUCAUUAUCGUUCCAUUUAGAUUUUUAUGAAGCUGAAUCUGUGAGAAUGAGGAAGCUGACUGGCAGAGUCAAUUUUCCUCAUGAAAGUCCUAAUUGAUAUUGUUGGGGGCGUUUUGCCCUCUGAUACAUAGCCUUGGUACAAAUUGCUUACACAUUGAAGACAAUGUCUGCUGAUAUAAGCAGCAGCGUAGAUAGCAAUUGGCAGAAGACCGGUAUCUUUUCCUGGGGACUGGGCCUACAGCUGCACAGUUUUGCUUUGGACAAUCAUCUGGAUGCCAAAGAGGUGGUAAGCCAACGUGAGGGUGAACUCCUGAAUGCAAGUUUAUCUCCAGAUGGAUUGUCCCUGGCCCUCGUUUAUGCAUCUCAUGACACCCCUCCUUGUGUCCUGAAUCUGAGUACUAACCAGAAAAAGCAGGUGGCCCUCUCAAGACCUAAAACAUCGGUGAGGUGUUGCACAUUUUGUUACCGGAAAACAAAUCGAUACCUUUUCCUCGGAGAAGAAGGUCUUCGUGUCACUGCUUGGGAUGUGGAAGCAUCAUGUGUGAAACGAUUGUAUACCGGGCUGCCUAGUGAGCCAGUGAAGUUGGCCAUGAACUUUGAGGACACCCAGAUUGCAGUGGGAUGUGGAGGUGGUCAGAUUGCUAUCUAUGACAUCGUGUCGGGUGCCCUUGCGCCCUUCUUGGUCAUCCCUGGGUCUCAGGGGGUGAAUGAUGUCAAGUUUGGAGGGAGGUCAUGCCAGUCACUUCUGGGGAGCACAUAUGAUUAUGGUCAUGUUGCCAUUUGGGAUGCAGCGACCUCCAAACUCCGUCACCAGUUUUCUGGGAUUCAUGUUGCUCCUGCAAUGGGCCUUGCCUUCUCUCCCAUCAAUGACAUUCUCAUGGCGAGUGUUGGUCUGGACCGAAAGCUCGCUCUCCUUGAUCCCUCAUCAGCAAAGGAGGUGAAGGCUGUGACCCUGGAUUCCCCCUUGACCUGUGUGGACUUCCACAGAAAUGGGUUCAUCUUGGGAGUUGGAAAUCAGGACGGGGAGGUUAUCGUGUUCGACCUGAGGAACCUCCGGACCCCAGUUGCCAAGGGGGCAGCACUGUCAUCUGCUGAUCCACCUGAACCUCUCAAUGGGAUUUCCUUCUUUCAAGCCAGGUCCCAGGUCUCGAGUCCGACGCGCUCGUCCAAGAGCCCCAUACGCUCGUCCAAAAAGAGAAAAGGGAGUGUGACUGCAACCAAUGAUGCAGAACCCCAUGUCUACGCCCAGCCCCAGACUCUCUCCUCAAGUCAUUCCAACCCCGUACCUGAUUCCUUCUUUUCUUCUGCUCCCUCCAUCUCUCCUACCUCCAUUCCGCAUGCCGGAAGGACAAGGGAAGGACCAAUUGGAGCCAACCUCCAGGGCUCCGAACGUGCCGACACGAGUGCCGAGGACGAGGAGACCGACUCCAAGGGCAACCCUGUGGCCCAAGGAUUUGUGGAUCAGUUCGUGCAGCAGUGUGUUGUUGACCAGCUCGUCCCCUACCUGGAGGACAGCUUCCUCAGCCUCCGUGGGGACCUUGCAAAGUGGAUGCUUCAGGAUAAGGUCGUCUGA